AUGCCAUGCAAUGCAUCUCCUCCAAAACGACCCCUUUCGGCUUUCUCUGUUCACUCCCGCCGUUUCCCACCCACCCUCGCUGUGUCCCUCUCUCACUGGUCCUCUCCCAUCUCGCAACCACCCGCCCUUUCUCUCGAUCCCUUCGCCCCCCCUCACUCCAACACCCAUGAACGCAUCCAUCCGCUCACGACCUCACUCGCUCAUCGUCUCCUCUCCUCUCCACCCCUCCCCCCUCUGGUGAACAACAAGAAGAUGACGGCCGCGCAGGAGGUGGAGUACACGCGCACCACCAUGCCCGCCAAGCUCAGGGACUACCAGCAGUUUGGGCGGCCAGUGCUGGUGGGAGAGUUCUCCAAUGCCAUGGCGCAUCCUGACGACAGCUACCAGGCGGCGUUCGGCAAGGUGCAGCUGCAGGCCUUUGCCACCGCACAGGCCGGAUGGUUCUUCUGGUCGCUCAAACAUAAUAUCUCGCUCGGUACGAUCUGGGGAAGGCAGGGGUUGAGGGGAAGAUGA